AUGGCUGGGGUGAACCUCCCGGCGCCCACCGAAGUCAACUACAGGAACAUGCGGUUCCUCAUCACUCACAACCCAUCCAGUGCCAGGCUGGGCCAGUUCGUGGCGGCGCUCAAGCAGCACGGGGUGACCACCCUGGUCCGAGUGUGCAAGGCCACCUACGACGCGCGUCCCGUGGCGCGGGCAGGCAUCCGUGUGGUGCACUGGCCUUUCGAGGACGGGGCGGCCCCCUCCCAGCAGAUCGUGGACGACUGGCUGAGGCUGGUGAGGGCGCAGCUGCAGGACGAGGCCGGGGGCCGCAUCGCCGUCCACUGUGCGGCGGGCCUGGGGAGGGCGCCGGUCCUCGUGGCCCUGGCCUGCAUGGAGGGCGGGAUGAGCUGUGAGGACGCGGUGGCCUUCAUCAGGCAGAAGCGGCGCGGAGCUUUCAACAGCAGGCAGCUCCAGUACCUGCAGCAGUACCGCCCGAAGAUGCGGCUGCGCGGCCGGAGAGCCCUGGGCCGCAGAGACAAGUGCUGUGUCCAGUGA